AUGACUUCCACGCCGACCACAAAGGCUCUGGCGGCCCUUUGGGACCUUCCUUGCAAGAGCGAGCAGGAGCAGCUGAGGAGCGACGAGGCCGCAGCGGUUGCUGAGCGACGGGUCAGCAGCCAGCAGGAGGCCCCUUCCAUGAGCAGCUCGGCUGUGCAAGCGGAAUCGCUGCAGUUGCACAAGCCGAGUGCAGACCAAAAGCGGAAGAGCCCUUCGAAGCAGAGCUCAGCUGCUGCCAUCAAUCCCCGUCCGGCCAAGAAGCCGAAGCAGGAGCUGACUGCCGCCGCCCAACUACAGCUGCCUCUGCGGGACCUCCUCCAAGACAGCGACGAUUCGGACUCGGACUCGUCCGAUUCCCCGCGCGACACCGAAAAGCUUCUGCGCCGCUUUUCGCAGGAGGAGCAAGAGCUGAGCGAGAACAGCGACAGCGAGGCCAGCGACAGCGAGGCCAGCGACAGCGAGGCCAGCGACAGCGAGGCCAGCGACAGCGAGGCCAGCGACAGCGAGGCCAGCGACAGCGAGGCCAGCGACAGCGAGGCCAGCGACAGCGAGGCCAGCGACAGUGAUGCCAGCGACAGCGAGGCUUUGGCCGCCGAAGCACAGGUGCGCGAGCGGCGCCUCUUCUCCGAAAGCGACGAUUCGGAUUCAGACGAGUCCGGUUCCUCGCUCGACACCGUAGAGUUUCUGGUCUACUUCUGA